AUGUCUUUAUCUGCGCGGGUGAAGAACAUGAAGUUCAUGCGGAUGGCCGACGAGAAGGGUCCCGUGGACGAAGAGGCGGUCGGCAGAGAGAAGCUCGUCGACCUGAGCGAGUGGAAGUCGCCCAUGGCCGAUCUUGUUAGGGAAAGAGCUAAAGCACGCAGGGCCAGAAUAAAAACGGUUGGUUAUACACAGAUUUAUCAAAUGAUCGAGCCGAAGCAGAUCACACGGCUCAGGGCACCACCCAAGGAAGAGCCCAAGCCCGAGGAAACAGAGACACCGGCCACGGGGAUCGCUGCUCUGCGAGCAGGCAGCCGGUUUGCGAAGCGGAAGGACGACGACGACAUCGAGCUGCCCGUCAAGAAGCGAAAGACAUAA